AUCCUCCCCCCUCCAUCCUCUUCCUCCCCCGGGGGCUGGCGCUCCGCCCCAUGCCCGGAGGCGGGACCGGGGGCUGGCAGGGACCCAGCCACACAGAGGGAGCAGGUGGACGGCCAGGCAGCCCCUUCCCACAGCCCUGCUCCAGCCCCAUGAGCCCAUGGCUUGGAUACACUGGCUGCUGUCUUCUGAAGAAGUGAUGUCUUUGUCCGGACACCCCACCACUGGCUCUGAUCUCCUCUCCUGACCCUUCCGCCUCCAUCCUAGGACUCUCAUCCUCACAACCAGGAGCAAGAAUUCUUGCUGUCCCUUUGACAACCUCUACCAGCCACCCACCAGUCACUUCGGAGUGUUUUCCCAUCACUUGUCCCCAUUUUGCUGGAUGAUCAGCGCCUUCGGUCUGUGGAAAUUCCCCUUGCUUUAUCUUUCUGUUCUUAAUCUAUCCAAAUUCUUGGCCACAUCCUACUCAUACCUUGCUCUCAGUUCAUCUCACCCUUCUAAAGGCUUGCAGAAGAGCAGAGAGAUUCACAUGGAGGUACGGGCUGGCUGAAGCUGUCCUUGCCUGGGCUAUCUGGAAGCCAUGGGUCGUCGGCUCAUACGAGGUCUUUCCGGAGCUGCAGUCUUUCUGGUUGGUGUGGCUCUCCUCUCUGUACGGCACCGUGGGGCUCAGGAAACCUCAGGGUACCCAGGGUUCGGGGAGUGGAUGCUGGAGAAUCCAGAGCAACAAACACACAAGAGCCCAGAGGAAGCCAAGGGAGGUGGUGGGACUGGGCAGAAGGACCUGCAAGUCCGUUCUCUGGACGAAUACAAGACUAAAGGAAACCUGACCCUCGGGGAUGUUUUCAUAGCUGUGAAGACCACCAAGAGAUUUCACCAGAGCAGAAUGGAGCUGCUCUUGGACACGUGGAUAUCCCGGGCAAGAGAGCAGACGUAUGUCUUCACAGAUGAAGAAGAUGAUGCCCUGAAGAGGAGAAUGGGUGGCCACGUGGUGUUCACCAACUGCUCUACUGAGCACAGCCACUCAGCUCUCUCCUGCAAGAUGGCUGCGGAGUUUGACGCAUUCCUGCUCAGUGACCAGAGCUGGUUCUGCCAUUUGGAUGAUGACAACUAUCUGAACCCUGAGGCCCUCCUGAAGCUCCUGUCCUCCUACUCUGCAAUGAAGGAUGUCUAUCUUGGGAAACCCAGCCUGAACCGGCCCAUUCGAGCCUCUGAAACACUGUCUAACAACCAGACGAAAUCUGUGCGCUUCUGGUUUGCCACAGGAGGAGCUGGGUUCUGCAUCAGUCGCAAGCUGGCAAGGAAGAUGAUGCCUUGGGCCAGUGGCAAGAACUUCCUGAGCACCUCAGAGCUCAUCCGUCUGCCAGACGACUGCACCAUAGGUUACAUCAUUGAGUGCAAAGUUGGUGGGCAGCUGCUGCCCAACAUGUUCUUCCACUCCCACCUGGAGAAUCUGCAGCUCAUCCCUACCUCUCAUCUCACGCAGCAGGUCACACUCAGCUAUGGUGUCUUUGAGAACAAGCUCAACGUUAUCAAACUCAGUGGUCCCUUCUCACCUCAGGAAGAUCCCUCAAGGUUUCGAUCCCUCCACUGCCAUCUCUAUCCUGAUACCCCCUGGUGCCUGCAGGCUGUUGGCUGGUAAUGCCCAAGCUACAGUGGGUGCUGGAGACAUCCCUUCACCUUGUACAUCUAGGGGAAGAGGCACUGAAGAAGCUUGGUGCUUCCAGCUUCCCCUUACCUACAGUGGUCUUGGAGCUUUUUGGCCCUUGCUGAGUACCAGUGGUACAGGACAAGAGAUCUGUACUGAAGAUGGUACAGAUGGAUACAGUGCAUGGGCUGGACAUGUGGAUGGGCUUCCCAUCUGUGCUGGGAUGCUUACGAGUGCAGCAUGCUUCCCUGAACAGAUUAAAGACUGGGUGGUGACUGCUGGGCAUGUGGGUGGAGAUGGGACCCACUUCUUGUUGUGGUUUCACUAUAUUGAAUUAGAAAGGUGCUGGAUCAGGGUACCCAGUGCCAGACCAAACACCACUGGAAGUGUGCCUUGGCUUCAGCCUCUCUGAGGCUUCUUUCUCUGUAUGUGCCUGGGCUUUUCCCAUUUCCUACUGUUCCCAGCUGCAGCCCCUUGGCUGAGUCUCUGCCUUGUUAAACUCUGAUUCUACUCUCCCUUCAGAAAUGGAAAAUGUGAUCAUUUCUGUGCUGAAUGAGUGCUGAAAUAACACAGCUCUUGGCCAUCACAGGGGUGGUGGGCAAGAAAUGUAAGAAAUCAAGUAUCGCUCCUUGGCUGGGACAAGGGAGAGAGUAUGAAAUGCAGAACACAGGAGGAGAGAAGAAGAUGAGAAUGUUUGCUGCUCUGAACACUGAAAGCUUGAUCUUGUAUGGCCCUGCAUUAUUCCUCUCUUUUUACCUUCUUGAUAUGGGGUCAGGAUAAUCUUUUGCUCUAAUUAUCAACCUGUCGUCUGAGAUUAGACUCCAACUCCUACCUGUGAGAGAGGAGACAUAGAGGAUUAGAAUUGGCUGUAAGAGAGGAGAAAGGAAGAGAUGGAGAAGGAGCGCUCAGGAGCGGAUUAGAGGUUACAGCUUUA